CUACAGGUGGCGUGUACCCACUGGAAGAAGGUGAUGUAUGUUCUUAAGCAGAAUGAGCCAUAUCCUGACCUCACAUCUCUCCAAAAUGUCUCAAUCCACACCGGGAACAAGUUCUCCUUCCUCAGCAGCUUUUCCAAAACAGAGAUUAAGGUGAGGCUUAAGCAUUACACCAAGUUCCUGUUUGUCCGUGACCCAUUUGUCCGUCUCAUCUCUGCCUACCGGGACAAGUUCGGAAAGAACAAUCAAUAUUUCUAUGAGCUUUUUGCCAGGGACAUUCUGCGUCUCUAUGGUAACGAAACUAAUCCACCAAAGACAGUUAAGGAGGCGUUAGCAUUAGGUCUGCGCCCCUCAUUUCACAACUUUAUUCAGUACCUGCUGGACCCAAAGACCGAGAGGAAUGAGCCCUUUGAGCCGCACUGGAGGCAGAUGCAUCGCCUGUGUCACCCCUGCCUCAUACCGUAUGAUUUUGUUGGCCACCAGGAGACUCUUCAGGAAGAUGCUCAGGAGCUUCUAGAGAUCUUGAAGCUGCACAAUGACAUUAAGUUCCCUCCCUCCUACGUAAACAUGACGUCUCCCGACUCUGUCAUGAACUGGUUCAGAACGGUUCCUCUGGAGGACAGGAGGAGGCUGUACAAACUUUAUGAGAGGGACUUUCAACUCUUUGGUUACAGAAGACCAGAUGAACUUCUUGAUGGCUGAAAUACAUUCAAGAAUAAACAAUAAUGUUAUUUUUGUCAACAAUAACAGCUGAUGUCAUUUGAAACUCAAUGAAGCUGUAAAACUGAUUCAUGGACUUGGUUUUUAUUUUUAUUAGUUUUAUCAUUUAUUUAAAUCAGAGCAAUAUCUUCAGUCAAAUAAAUGUUUACUUUUUAUAAUAUUUGACUUAUAUUGAAGAUGGUUUAAUGAUCUGUACGGUGUACAUAUAGAAUAAAGCUCCUUCAGCUUA